AUGGUGACCUUCGCCCUCCCCGGCGAAUACGACGGCGCGGAUGUUGCCAACGGCACUCCCAAGUCACGUCCUCCUCUGCCCUUUGCGAAGCGCACCUACGUCGCGACGCCCUAUUCCAAGCGCCUGUCGACGUCUGCGGCUUCAUCGCGCAAGCUGCUGAUUACGCGCGAUGAGGCGAUGAGCCAGGAUCCUGUGUCCUCGUCACGCAACAACCUCUUCAGGUCAACCGCCGUCGAGAGCCCUCCGACAAGCACCGCCUUCUCUCCCAAUCUCCCGCAGAGCACGAUGAAGAAGGUUUUUGCUCCUGGCGUGACGCCCAUGUCGAAUCGCGUUUAUCGCGAGAACACUGCUCGCGCGACGCCGCGCGGCUUGGCUGCUAACUCCUCAGACAAGGAGCUGUUCAACAUGCGAAUCUCAUCGCCUCCUCCAGAGCUGACGGGCGAAGUCCUGGCGAACAAGGUUCCAAAGGACUGGAAUUCUAAGGGAUCCAUCUACGCCGAUCAGUUCUUGGCUCAUCUCUGCCCUCCAAACCUCGAUGACGAGCAGCGCCGCCAGUUCUUCUGCAUUCUCGAUCUUCGUCGACUGAAAUAUGCCGCCAACGAGAUCUUCACCAAGAAGAGCUGGAAGCUCAACAUUAUGAACUUUGCCAAGGAGUUCGAAAAGAGUCGGUCCAUUAUCCUGCUGCGAUAUGGACUUUACGAGUUCCAGAGCGUUAAGCCAUCAAAGGAAGUUCUUAAGAGAUGGCGACGAGAGCAUGGCUUGCCCGAUCCCGUGGAAGAGGCAGAUGAGGAGGCUCUGGAUGGCACCCCAAGCAAGCCAGCGACUGCCAAGAAGCGCAAGGCUGAUGAUGACUUGUCCAAGGAGACUGUUGAUGCUACUGAGAAUGUGGCCUCGGCGGUCAAGCGAAGGGCUACCGUCAGAGAUGAAGAAGACGAGCCUACUGCCGCUACACCAGCUCCUAUUAAGAACAAGAGAAAAGCUACAGUCACUGAAGAGUCACCAGCCAAGCUGCAAAAGACUCCUUCUUCUUCCGCCAAGUCGCUCUUUGAGAAGAUUGCCAACAAGCCGGCUGCAAGCCCUGUCCCCGUUAAGGCAGCCGAGAAGAAUGCCGCCAACGGCAGACUCUCUCGCUCAGUCUUCACCAGCUUGAAGCCCCCGGCCAACGGCGUUAGCAACGGCAACAUCUUUGGCUACCUUUCCGAUGCUAGCUCUGCCAAGAACAGCGGAAUCGAGGCUGAUGCUGAGAGCGAAAGCGAGUCUGACAACGAGGAAGAAAUCGAAGAAAGCCAGGAGGCUGGUCAGAGCGACGAACCUAGCGGCGCUGGUGACGCUUCGCCUCAGGCUGGAUCUAACCUGUUUACCACUAAGCCGUCAACCACCUUUGGCACUGGCGUCUCCAGUGCUGCAGGUACCCGAGAGAGCACUCCGGGACGCAGCCUGUUCGAACGCAUUACCAAGGGUCAAGAUGGACAGCCCAUUCGGGCUGAUGAGAACGUAGAGGAGGUCAUCGCCAAGCCCCCAGCAUCAUCCUUGAACCAGACCUGGAAUCCCACCAGCACUCCCCUCAAGUUUGCUCCUCCUGCUCCUCCUACUACUUCUCAGAACGGCUCGCUCUUCGGUAAACCAACUUCUGCUCCCGUUGGCUCCAUCUUCGCACCCAAGAGCACCGCACCAUCCAACAUCUUCGGCGUGUCUAAGCAAGACCAGAGCUCCAAGGCCAACACUCCCGUUUCAGAGACUGACGUGACUGGCGGAGAGUCUGAUAAGGAAAACGACUCCCAGCCUGCCAAGAAGCUGUUUUCUGAACCCAAGGUGGCUGCUCUACCCAGCACCACCGCCGCGCCACUGUUUGGUUUUAAACCCGCAGCGGCCGAACCGGCCAAGCCCGCAGCUACCACUACCAGUCUCUUUGGCGCCAUUGGAAACUCGGAUGCAACCUCCAAGCUGUUUGGUGAUGUCAAGACUUCAAUCCCUUCGGCGCCUACUUCAGCUCUCUUUGCUCCCAAGAAGGAGAGUGAGAAGCCCAAGGGCAACGGCCUGUUUGGUACCUCCGACACAAGUGCGACUCCCCUGACCGGCGCAUCUGCAGCUCUCUUUGGCAUCAAGCCAGCAGCGGCGUCUGCUCCCGCUCCCGCUACCAGCCUCUUUGGCACUGCGUCUUCAGCUCCUCCUGCAACGACCACUCCCGCUGUUUCGACCAACUUGUUUGGUACUGCAGCUCCCGCAUCUACAUCAUCCAACCUGUUUGGAUCCAACAAUUCCAGUUUCACUUCUGAGCCUGAACAGUCAACGCCCGCUCCCGCCUCUACCACCAGCUUGUUUGGCGCUGCUUCAUCGGCUCCAGCAACUUCUCUUUUCGGCGCCUCGAGCUCUGUGGCAUCUAAGAAGGAUCCUUCCCCCUCUGCCGCAACCCAACCCGCGUCUGCGCCUCUGUUCAGCUUUGGCACGUCCGCAGGCCCCAAACCCACUGAAACCUCUCAAGCCGCUGCCAAGUCUCUGUUUGGUGCUCCAAAGUCCCCUCCCGCUGCAUCUUCCAGUUUGUUUGCUGGAAGCCCGAUGAAGCAGGAUGCGGCGUCGCCGGCUAAGAAACAGUUUGGUCUCGGCACCGAUACUUCGGCCCCUCCUCCGGUGUUCAGCUUUGGUUCAACUGGCGCAAGCUCGGGUUCAUCAAACUUGUUUGGUAACCCAGCGCCCUCUGCCCCUGCUCCGGCUCCUCUCUUUGGCGCUGCUCCCUCAAGUGCCCAAUCGGGCUCUGGAGACAGCAACGGUGGCAGCUUCAACUUCAACUUUGGAUCCGGAGCAGCACCCGCCUCUACGGGCAGCUUCAACAACCCUUUCUCAUCUGGCAACACUGGUGGAGCCCCGGCUCCGGCAUCAGCUCCCGCGCCCGCGUUCUCCUUUGGUUCUGCCGCUCAGCCAGGAGGUGGAUCUGGUAGCUCUGGAGGCUCUGGAUUGUUCCAGUUUGGCAACGGCACCGGAAGUCAGCCCUCUCAAACAUCAACGCCUCUAUUUGGCGGCGCCUCGGCCACAACUCCCAGCGUGCCGUCUUUCACUGCCACGGGGCCUUCAAGUCAACCAUCGACUUCCAUGUUCUCCUUUGGAGCGAGCCAGCCUUCCACCGGGUUCAACCUCGCACCGCCAGCUGGUGGAUCCUCGACCACCGGGACAAACUCUCCAUUCAACCUCGGGGGAGGCUCUAGCUUGGCAACCACACCAGCUGGCGGGACGCCGGAACCAUCGGCCCAACUGAAGAUGAACACCAGCGCUGCUGCUGAAAACGACGAAGAGGGCGAGAAGCAUGAGCAGAUCAGCCUGACAGAAGGUGUUGAGAAGGAUGAAGAAGUCCUACACGAGGUUCGCGCAAAGGUGCUGAAGUUUGUCCCCGCCGGGGAGACGUCUGAAAGCGAAGAGAAGAAGUCCAAGAGUCCCUGGGCAACCAAGGGUGUUGGAUCCCUGCGCCUGUUGAAGCACAAGGAAACCAACACCGUGCGUUUGCUCUUGCGAGCAGAGCCCAGAGGCAACGUCGUGAUGAACCGCUCUGUACUGCCAGAUCUAUCGUACAAGGCGGAUGAGAAGUAUGUGAAAAUGACUACGUCGAAUGACACCGGUGACGGCCUCGAGACCUGGAUGAUCCAGGUGAAGACAAAAGACAUGGCCAAGGCGCUGGCUGAAUCGUUGGAGACGCACAAGGCGUUAAACAAGAAAUAA